GGCCGCCCGAGCCGGAGCGCGAUGGAGCGAGGGCCCCAGGCGGGGAGGCGCGGCCGAGCGCGCGGCCCGACGCCCCCUCAGUGAGCGCCCGACCGCCGCGGCGCAGCCCGAGGGCGGGCUCGCGUCUGCCCGCCUCGCCGCCGCGCCGGCGCUUGGAGCCCGCGCCGCCUUCCCGCUCGGGCCGCGGGCCGGGGACGGCCCGGGGCUGCAUGGCCUCGCCCGCGCGCCGCCGCUGAGCCCUGGGCCGGAGACGGAGCCGGAGCCGAAUACCCUCAGUGCUGCUCUGGGACACGCCUCUGUUGGAUUUAAUUUACAGUCAUCAACCUCGGCUUUUAGCGAUGGACUCGACGGUUGACGAUGAAGCGAUGGCGGCGUGAAUGAAGGCCUGGUGAGGAGGAAACGAUGCCCAAGGGUGGGUGUUCUAGAACCCCACAGCAGGAGGAGCGUUCCCUGAGCAGCGACAUGGUGGAGAAGCAGCCCGGGAAAAAGGAUAAAGAUAAAGUUUCUCUAACCAAGACCCCAAAGCUGGACCGCACUGAUGGUGGGAAGGAGGUGAGAGAGCGAACGACCAAGCGGAAGCUGCCCUUCACUGUGGGCGCCAAUGGAGAGCAGAAGGACUCGGACACAGAUGCCUCCAGCUCAGUCCACGCCGUGGUACUGCAAGGCUGGUUCGCUCCUCGAAGCGCCAUGGCAUGAGAUGGAGGCUCCUAGAAGCAAGAAGAAAGAGAAGCAGGGUCCCGAGCGGAAGAGGAUCAAGAAGGAGCCUGUCGCCCGCAAGGCCGGGCUGCUGUUCGGCAUGGGGCUGUCCGGGAUCCGCGCCGGCUACCCGCUCUCGGAGCGCCAGCAGGUGGCUCUCCUCAUGCAGAUGACGGCCGAGGAGUCUGCCAACAGCCCAGUGGACACGACACCAAAGCACCCCUCCCAGUCGACAGUGUGUCAGAAGGGGACGCCCAAUUCUGCCUCAAAAACCAAAGAUAAAGUGAACAAGAGAAAUGAGCGUGGAGAGACCCGCCUACACCGGGCGGCCAUCCGGGGGGACGCCCGGCGUAUCAAGGAGCUCAUCAGCGAGGGGGCGGACGUCAACGUCAAGGACUUCGCAGGCUGGACUGCGCUGCACGAGGCCUGUAACCGGGGCUACUACGAUGUCGCGAAGCAGCUGCUGGCCGCCGGCGCAGAGGUGAACACCAAGGGCCUGGAUGAUGACACCCCCUUGCACGACGCCGCCAACAAUGGGCACUACAAGGUGGUGAAGCUGCUGCUCCGGUAUGGAGGGAACCCUCAGCAGAGCAACAGGAAGGGCGAGACGCCGCUCAAGGUGGCCAGCUCCCCAACCAUGGUGAACCUGCUGCUGGGCAAGGGCACCUACACGUCCAGCGAGGAGAGCUCGGCCGAGAGCUCCGAGGAGGAGGACGACGCCCCAUCGUUCGCACCUUCCAGCUCAGUCGACGGCAAUAACACGGACUCCGAGUUUGAGAAAGGUCUGAAGCACAAGACUAAGAAUCCGGAGCCCCAGAAAACUGUGACCCCCGUCAAGGAUGAGUAUGAGUUUGACGAGGACGACGAGCAGGACAGAAUCCCUCCCGUGGACGACAAACACUUGCUGAAAAAGGAUUACAGGAAGGAAACUAAGUCAAAUAGUUUUAUUUCUAUACCCAAAAUGGAAGUGAAAAGUUACACUAAGAACAGCACGAUUGCACCAAAGAAGGCAUCUCACCGCAUCUUGUCGGACACGUCAGACGAGGAGGACGUCGGUGUCGCCGUGGGGACCGGGGAGAAGCUGAGACUCUCGGCUCACACGAUGCUGCCUGGUAACAAGACACGGGAGCCUUCCAACUGCAAGCAGCAGAAGGAGAAAAAUAAAGUGAAAAAGAAGCGAAAGAAAGAAAUCAAGGGCAAAGAAGUGCGGUUUGGGAAGAGGAGCGACAAGUUCUGCUCCUCCGAGUCCGAGAGCGAGUCUUCGGAGAGCGGCGAGGACGGUGGGGGCUCGGCGGGGAGCCCCGGCUGCCUCAAGGAGUCCCCGCUGGUGCUGAAGGACCCUGCCCUGUUCAGCUCCCUGUCCGCCUCCUCCACCUCGUCCCACGGCAGCUCCGCCCCCCAGAAGCAUAACCCCAGCCACGCGGACCCGCACGCCAAGCACUGGCGGACAGACAACUGGAAAACCAUCUCCUCUCCAGCCUGGUCCGAGGUCAGCUCCUUAUCAGACUCCACGAGGACGAGACUGAGCAGCGAGUCUGAUGGCUCCUCCGAGGGCUCCAGCGUGGAGUCACUGAAGCCGGUCAGGAAGAGGCAGGAGCACAGGAAGAGGGCCGGCCUGCAGGGCGCGCUGCCCGAUAGGAAGAACUCCUUCCAUCCUGGCGGGGACGGCGCCAUCCCCAAGCUGGACAAGGAGGGCAAAGUCGUCAAGAAACACAAGACGAAACAUAAACACAAAAGCAAGGAGAAGGGGCUGUGCUCCGUCAGCCAGGAGCUGAAGCUGAAGAGCUUCACCUACGAGUACGAGGACUCCAAGCAGAGGGCAGACAAGGCGAUCCUCCUGGACGACGUGCCGGCUGAGGGCAAGCUGAAAGGCCUGAAGCACGAGAGAGACCCCUGUAAGAAGGAGGAGAAGCUCAGCAAAAUGAAGGCGGAGGAGAAGGAGUGGCUCUUCAAGGACGAGAUGAUCAAGGUCUCCAGAGAGGAGAAGUCGCUCAAGAGAAUCAGGGAGCUGAACAAGGACGGGGGCAGGGCCUUCCGGGAGGAGAAGGACCGGUGCAGCAAAGCCGACAAGGAGAAGCUGCUGAAGGAAAAAUCUCCAAAAGAGGAAAAGCUGAGGCUCUACAAGGAGGAAAGAAAGAAGAAGUCCAAAGACAGGCCCUCCAAGUUAGAGAAAAAGAAUGACUUUAAAGAGGAUAAAAUUUCAAAAGAGAGGGAGAAGACCUUCAAAGAGGAUAAAGAUAAAGAAAAACUCAAAAAAGUGUAUAGGGAGGAGUCUGCUUUUGAUGAAUAUUGUAACAAAAGUCAGUUUCUGGAGAACGAAGACACCAAGUUUAGUCUUUCUGAUGACCAGGAUCGGUGGUUCUCUGACUUGUCAGAUUCAUCCUUCGAUUUCAAAGGGGAAGACAGCUGGGACUCUGCAGUGACAGACUACAGGGACAUGAAGAGCGAGUCUGUGGCCAGGCUGAUCCUGGAGACGGUGAAAGAGGACAGUAGGGAGAAGAGGCGGGAGAACAAGGCCCGGGAGAAGCGCACGGACAGGGACAUCUUCUCUCGGAAGAAGGACAGGGACUGCCUGGAACGGGGCUCGGAGCGGAGGAGAGAGCACGCUGCCGACAGGCACAGGGCCGUGCCCGGCUACCUCUGCGAGAAGGACAGGAGGAGGCGGGAGUGUGCGGAAGGCGGCCGGGACAGGAAGGAGCCCCCCGAGGCCGCCAAGGAGCGGAGAGAUGGCCGUGCAAAGCCCGAGGAGGCGCACAGGGAGGACCUGAAGGAGUGCGGCUGCGAGGGAGUCUUCAAGGACAGGCCCGACUGCGACUUCGGGAAGAGCCUGGAGCCCUGGGAGAGGCACCACCCGGCGAGAGAGAAGGAGAGGAAGGAGAGGCUGAAGCUGGAGAAGCACAAAGAGAAGCCCAGUGACAAGGACAGGAACGAAAGACUGACGCUCGAGAAGUGCCAGAAGGACAAAGAGCUUGAGAAGUGCUUCAAAGAGAAAAAGGACGCCAAGGAGAAGCAUGGCAAAGACAAAGACAGAAAAGCAUCUCUCGACCAAGGUAAAGACAAACGGGAGAAGGCUUUCCCCGGAAUUCUCUCCGAGGACUUCUCUGAAAAAAAAGAUGAAAAGAAGGGUAAAGAGAAAAGCUGGUACAUUGCAGACAUAUUCACUGAUGAAAGCGAAGAUGAAAAAGAUGAUUAUGCGGCGAGCGGAUUCAAAGUCGGGGAGGCCGGCGAGGGGCGGGGGGAUGGCCCCCCCGAGAGGGAGGACGGGCGGGAGCCGCACCCCCCCGACAGGCACCGGAAGCACUCGGCCGACAGGCAGCAUGCGGAGAAGCAGAAAGACAAAGAAAUCAGAGAGAAGAAGAAGGAGAAGGGCGCCACAGACGGGGGGAAGGACAAGAAAGAAAAAACCUUGGAAAAGCACAAAGAGAAGAAGGACAGAGAGUCCACGGAAAAAUACAAGGACAGGAAGGACCGAGCGUCGGUGGACUCCACUCAGGACAAGAGGAACAAGCAGAGGCUCCCCGAGAAGGGGGAGAAGAGGCCCCCUGCGGAGGACAAGGCCAAGAGCAGGCACCGGGAGAGGCCGGACCGGGAGCAGGGCCGCGAGAGAAAGGCGAGCAAGGGCACCGACGCGGAGAAGAGCCUGCUGGAGCGGCUGGAGGAGGCGGCGCUGCAGGACUUGCGCGAGGACUCCAACGACAAGGCCAGCGACGCGUCGUCGGACGGCUUCCCCGACCGCGGCCACGACCCGGGCCUCGGCGCCCUCCUGGAGGCGCCCUUCCCGGAGCCCCCGGAGGAGCGGGCGCGGGAGAGGGAGCGGCACCGGCACGCCUCAUCCUCCUCCAAGAAGAGCCAUGACCGAGAGCGGGUCAGGAAGGACAAGCCCGAGAAGAAGGAGAAGAGCGACGACUGCAAGGACACGGGCGGCCGGAAGGACAGCGGCCCGUACGAGAAGGAGGUCCUGGAGGCCGACGCUUACGGCCUCUCGUACGGCAUCAAGGCCGACGCAGAGGACGAGUUAGAGAAAACCAUCGAGUUGUUUUCUACCGAAAAGAAGGAGAAAAAUGAUCCUGAAAGAGAACCUCCCAAGAAGGUAGAGAAGGAACUGAGGCCUUACGGCUCUAGCACCGUGAGCCUCCUGAAGGAGAAGAGGCGGCGGGAGAAGCACCGGGAGCGGUGGCGGGACGAGAAGGAGCGGCACCGGGACCGGCACGGGGACGGGCCCCCGCGGCACCACCGGGAGGAGCUUAAGCCCGCGGCCAGGGACAAGGACAACCCUCCCGGCUCCUUCCGAGACAAGCCCAAGGACGAGGGCGGGAAGCUUGGCGAGGCCAAGCUGAAGGAGAAGGUCAAGGAGAAUCUGGAGAAGGACAAGGGCGACCCCGUAAAGCUGAGCAAUGGGAACGACAAGCUCCUCCCGGUUAGAGACCCCGGUAAGAAAGACAUCCGGCCGCGGGAGAAGCUCCUGGGCGACGGGGACCUGAUGAUGACGAGCUUCGAGCGGAUGCUCUCCCAGAAGGACCUGGAGAUCGAGGAGCGCCACAAACGGCACAAGGAGAGGAUGAAGCAGAUGGAGAAGCUGCGCCACCGGUCUGGUGACCCCAAGCUCAAGGACAAGGCCAGGCCCGCCGAGGACGGGCGGAAGAAGGGCCUGGACGGCCCGCUGAAGAAGCCGCUGGGGCUGGACCCUGCCCCGAAGGACAAGAAGCUCAAGGAGUCAGCCCCUGCCGCCCCUGCUGCCGAGAACAAGCCCCACCCGGGACCCGCGGUGGACCCCCGAGACUGGCUGGCAGGCCCCCACAUGAAAGAGGUCUUGCCCGCUUCCCCCAGGCCGGACCACGGCCGGCCCACCGGGGUCCCCACCCCCGCCUCGGUGGUGUCCUGCCCCAGCUACGAGGAGGCCAUGCACACGCCCCGGACCCCGUCCUGCAGCGCCGACGACUACCCCGACCUCAUGUUCGACUGCACAGACCCCCAGCCCGUGUCCAGCACGUCCGCCAGCGCCUGCUCGCCCUCCUUCUUUGACAGGUUCUCCGUGGCCGCCAGCGGGACUUCAGAAACACCGGGCCAGACACCUACGAGGCCGCUGUGCGCGAACCUUUACCGCUCGGUGUCUGUGGACAUCAGGAGGACCCCUGAGGAAGAGUUCGGACUUGGGGACAAGCUGUUCAGACAGCAGAGCGUCCCUGCGGCGCCCAGCUACAGCUCGCCGGGGCAGCACCCGGAGGACAAGGCCCCGGGGCCCCCAGCACCCACUGAGAAGUUCGCCUGCCUGUCUCCGGGGUAUUACUCCCCGGACUAUGGCAUCCCCUCCCCCAAAGCGGACGCCUUGCACUGCCCGCCUGCGGCCGCAGCCAACAUCACCCCCUCCCCAGAGGGCGCCUUCUCCGGCUUACCAACAAAGUCCCCCCCUUCACACAGAGACGAGCUCUUGGCCCCGUCCAUGGAGGGGGCCCUUCCCCCUGACCUUGGCAUUCCCCUGGAUGCCACGGAGGACCAGCAGGCCACCGCGGCCAUCAUCCCCCCGGAGCCCAGCUUCCUGGAGCCCCUGGACGAGGGCCCUUUCAGCACCGUCAUCACAGAGGAGCCGGUCGAGUGGGCACACCCCGCCACCGUGGAGCAGGGCCUCCCCUCUGGCCUCAUCGGGGGCACCCCCGAAAACCCGGCCAGCUGGCCUGUGGGGUCGGACCUCCUGCUGAAGUCCCCACAGAGAUUCCCGGAGUCCCCGAAACAUUUCUGCCCUGCCGAGUCUCUCCACUCGGAGCCCCCUUACCCGGUGUCGCCCGUCUCAUACCCUCUUUCGGUCCCCGAGCCGGGACUGGAAGUCAAGGACGAGGCCGGGGAAGCAGUCCCGGCCGCGGUCUCUGCUUCAGAAGAGCCAGCCGCGUUCGCCCCUCCCUCCAGGCUGGAGUCCUUCUUCAGUAACUGCAAGUCCCUUCCGGAAGCGCCCCCCGACGCACCCCCCGAGUCUGCGUGUGUGACGGCCGUGGCUCAGGUGGAGGCCCUGGGUCCCCUGGAGAAUAACUUCCUGGAAAGUGGUCACAACCUGUCUGCCCUCGGCCAGGUGGAGCCGGUGCCCUGGCCCGGUGCCUUCCCCGCCACCGAGGAUGACCUCGACCUGGGGCCUUUCUCGCUGCCGGAGCUUCCUCUCCAGACGAAGGAUGUUUCCGAUGCCGAAGCAGAGCCUGUGGAAGAGAGUCCUCUCGUUCCUCUGGACAACACCCCCGCGCUCCCGAGCGGCGGGGACGUCCCUGUGGGAGCUGCUGACGAACAGCGGGUGCUGCCUCCUGACCAGGUGGCCGCCCGGCUCACAGCCGAGCCUGCGCCCGAGCCCCCAGAGGAGCCGAAGCCAGUCGCGCUGCCCGAGGCCACAGUGGAGGCCGGGGCCGGGCCGGAGGGGAGGGCCCCCGAGGACUCCGACCCUGGCUCUGGGCCCACGCCAGCCCCCUCAGAGCAGCAUCCACCGGGGAGUGGGGACGAGCAGGCCGAGGGCCCAGACCCCUUGGCCACGCCCCACAGUGCUCCCGACGCCCCCGGGGACGGCUCGGCCCAGGCCCGCGCAGCGGAUGGGGCCGGCCCCCAGGACAGUGCCGGGCUCGAGGGGCCUCCGGACGGCGUCCAGGCUGAAGCCCCCGAACCGGAACCCAAACCGACAGCCGAAGCCCCAAAGGCGCCCAAGGUGGAGGAGAUCCCCCAGCGCAUGACCAGGACCCGGGCCCAGAUGCUGGCCAACCAGCAGAAGCAGAGCUCGCCGCCCACCGAGAAGGAGGCUGCGGCCGCGCCCACCCCCAGGGCCAAGGGCCGCGGCUCUGAGGACGACGACCCCCAGGCCCAGCACCCGCGCAAGCGCCGCUUCCAGCGCUCCAGCCAGCAGCUGGCCCAGCAGAUGCACACGUCCACGCGUCAGACGCGGGAGGUGAUCCAGCAGACGCUGGCUGCCAUCGUGGACGCCAUCAAGCUGGACGACAUCGAGCCUUACCACAGCGACAGGUCCAACCCGUACUUCGAGUACCUGCAGAUCAGGAAGAAGAUUGAGGAGAAGCGCAAGAUCCUCUGCUACAUCAGCCCGCAGGCGCCCCAGUGCUACGCCGAGUACGUCACCUACACCGGCUCCUACCUCUUGGACGGCAAGCCCCUCAGCAAGCUGCACAUCCCCGUGAUCGCGCCCCCUCCCUCCCUGGCGGAGCCCCUGAAGGAGCUGUUCAAGCAGCAGGAGGCCGUGCGUGGGAAGCUGCGCCUGCAGCACAGCAUCGAGCGGGAGAAGCUGAUCGUCUCCUGCGAACAGGAGAUCCUGCGGGUUCACUGCCGGGCGGCGAGGACCAUCGCGAACCAGGCGGUGCCGUUCAGCGCCUGCACCAUGCUGCUGGACUCGGAGGUGUACAACAUGCCGCUCGAGAGCCAGGGUGAUGAGAACAAGUCAGUGCGGGACCGGUUCAACGCCCGCCAGUUCAUCUCCUGGCUGCAGGACGUGGACGACAAGUAUGACCGCAUGAAGACGUGUCUCCUGAUGCGGCAGCAGCACGAGGCCGCGGCCCUCAACGCUGUGCAGAGGAUGGAGUGGCAGCUGAAGGUGCAGGAGCUGGACCCCGCCGGGCACAAGUCCCUGUGUGUGAACGAGGUGCCGUCCUUCUACGUGCCCAUGGUCGACGUCAACGACGACUUCGUGCUCCUUCCGGCCUGACGCGGUGGGACAGCUGCCCGGGUCACAGGCGAGCCCCCCAGUCCGCCGCCGAGUCCGGGCGGUGGAAGGAGACCACGUCCCCGGUGGGGACAUCCAGGGAGAAGCCCGCGCUGGGCCUCUGGCGCGCGGCUCUCUCACACCCGCCGCCGCGGGAGGACGCAGAGCCGGGGACGCGGGCAUGGACACGGCAGCCUCAGGCUCUUUUCCGGCGGCUGCACAGGCAUCUCAGGAGCUGCAGGAUGGAGAGCGUUUUUUUAAAUUCCUUGUUUCAUUUCUGAUCGACUAAAGAGAAUAAAAGUUAAGGCGUCCACCCCUCACCAACAGCGGCCUCCGGGUCAGAGGGUGGGGAGAGCUUCGGGCCGGCAGCUGUCCUGUCGCCACGAAGCUGCCGACGGUGCCAGCCCGAGAUCUGGGCUGGGACGCUGGGCCGGGUGAGGGCCUGGCUGCGCCGCCCGCCCGCCUCACAGGGACACGCAGGCAGGACUCCGGGUUGUGUUUUUAAUGGAGUCAAAUCCACGUGGUUUGUAUAUUUUUUCCUUUAAUCUUGGGCAUUUUGUUUCUCUUUCUGAGAACAUAACUUGAAACACUACAGAGCCAAUAAUCAUAUAAAAAGUGUACCCGUAAACGCUGUACAGUUUUAUACACGUUCACAAUGUACUUUUGCUGCCUUCUAGAUAAUUUAUUUUGCAACACAUUACUGCACAGUUGUAAAUAACUUAUGUACUGUAACAUCACUUCAGUUAUGUGUAAAGAAAUAAAUAAAUUAAUUAAAUGCUCUUUGUA